CUGUAACUUGCAGUGAUUCGGACCGUGCAGGGAAGUCAGUCAUGUCGGAGCAGCAGCGGCAGAGCGCCGAGCGCGACCUCUACCGGGACACAUGGGUGCGCUACCUGGGCUAUGCCAAUGAGGUGGGAGAGGCUUUCCGAUCCCUGGUGCCUACUGCUGUGGUGUGGUUGAGCUAUGGUGUGUCCAGCUCCUAUGUGCUGGCGGAUGCCAUAGACAAAGGCAAGAAGGCAGACGAGGUGCCAAGCCCCGAAGCAGGCCGCAGCACCAGAGUGACCCUGGCUGUGAUAGACACCUUUGUCUGGCAGUCUCUGGCCUCUGUAGCCAUCCCAGGCUUUACUAUCAACCGUCUGUGUGCUGCCUCUCUGUAUGCCCUGGGUAAUAUGACCCGCUGGCCCCUGACUGUCCGAAAAUGGACCACUACCACGCUUGGGCUGCUGGCCAUCCCGGUCAUCGUCCACCCCAUCGACAGGUCAGUAGACUUCCUCCUGGACUCCAGCCUGCGCAAGCUCUACCCGGCGGUGGGGAAGCCCAGCUCUUCUUGACCCUGUCCUGUGCCUUGCCCAUGUGUGGCCCACUCACAUCAGAGAACGUAGAUGCAUGGUUGUUUGGGGGUCCAUGGCACUGACAUCUGAGUGGGUUCAAACUGAUGGGAGCUUAGAGACAAAGGCCUACAGUGUGUCCCAGAGGUGGGACCCAACCCUGUCUGCCUCAGUGGCCAUGGUUGUACUGAGUGGGAAUGGACGCUACCUGGGCCCAUCUUUUUGAAAUCUUUUUUUUUUUUUUAAGUAUUUAUUUUAGGUGUAUAAGUGUCUUACCUGCAUGUAUGAUG